GCGGACCCCUCUUUGAAAAGAAUCAAGUCUAAUAGCGACAUGGCUGACAGCGAGUUCGAAGAAUUUCGUCGAGUUUUCGAUAAAUUACCACAGCAUAUCAAAGCCCCAUCAUCAUUUUACUCAUUGGUGCCAAAUGUGGGAUUGGUGGACGAAUCACCUUCAUCCAAAAGUGAUGGUUCACCAGAAGAUGAUAAAGGCGGCGUUGGAGAUGCCGAAACGGUAAACGGUUCAACAGGAGCUGGAGAAGCGUCGGCUGUAAACCAAGGCGACGUCACAGAUUCACAAUGCAGUCCUAGACAUCAACACUUUACCAACGGCGAAAGAAAACGAAGAAAACUCCCAGAGAUCCCAAAGAACAGAAAAUCUACAGUCAUGGGUUCAAAUCAGCCCGCUUCGCUGGCAGAUGAGUUAGGGGCCCUAGCCGGUGGCAUUGUUCGCCCAGGAGGUCAAAGUCGACCUCUGUUAGUAUUGAAAUGUGGAUACCUCCUCGAUGAAGACUCAAGUCCGGAUUCCGAAAGACUGCAAAGUCUAGGGGAUGUCGACAGCGGUCAUAGUACUGCCCACUCUCCCAUCGAUACCGGCCCAAAGAGUUUAUCGCCAACGCCACUUCAACAAAAUGUGUCACCGACCUCAAGCUGCAGUAUCAGUGGCACUAAUUACUCGGGCAAUAUGACAACAGUCCCACACAGUCAUCUAGAGAUAUUAGAGGCGACCCACAGAGGCCUAUAUAAAUUUAAUCCUAGACAUCAUGAUGAACUGGAAUUAGAAAUCGGUGACCCUAUUUACGUUCAAAAGGAAUGUGAUGAUUUAUGGUCUGAAGGAGUUAAUUUGAGAACUGGUCAGCAAGGAAUUUUCCCCUCAGCAUAUGCGGUGGAUAUGGAAUAUAAUGACUUUGAUCCAGCUAAUGUCAAGAUUAAAAGGGAAAGAUAUCUUCUCGGGUAUAUGGGAUCAGUAGAAACCUCAGCGCAUAAAGGUACAGCGGUUGUUUGUCAAGCGGUGAAGAAAAUAGUUGGUGAUUACACAGGUGAUUUUGAAACUCAGACGUGUAUUUUGGAAGUUUCGGACCAAGGCUUACGAAUGGUCGACCGUACAAGACCAGAUACGAAAGGAGUGAAGGGACCGUGCCUUGAUUACUUCUAUUCAUUGAAGAACGUUUCAUUCUGCGCGUUCCAUCCACGUGACCACAGAUAUCUUGGAUUUAUUACUAAACAUCCAACUUCACAAAGAUUUGCAUGUCACGUUUUUCGAGGGAUGGAAUCUACAAGACCCGUAGCUGAAUCUGUUGGGAGAGCAUUCCAGAGAUUUUAUCAAAAGUUUAUAGAAACGGCAUACCCCAUAGAAGACAUUUAUAUAGAAUAAGUAAAUUUAAGAACGUAUAACGUAUAAAUUCAGCAAUAUUACAAGCUUUCACACUUUUGCCGAAGACUAAUGUUUACGGACACAUUUAUAUUUUAAUAAAGGUGUACAUUAUUAUUAAAUGUACAAUGAUUGCUGGGUAUCGAUAUCACAAAGUUAAAAACCAGUUAGUCAAAUAUCUGUGAAUACGGGGCUUUAAGGACGAAUAUUAAACCCAUUGUCGGUAGCUAUGCCUUUUAGGGAUAUUAUAAACGCAAUCACAUUAUUAUUAAUAUUUGUAUUAAAAAGUGUACCUAAUUGUAAUCGAUGCCUUGCAUUGCGCCUUGCUUGCUAAGGCAAUUCUAUGAAAAGAAAUAAGUUAUAAAACGAUAAAAAAAAAACAAUGAAAUUUCGAUUACUUACUUGAUUUGAUUUAAUUUGGAAUACUGUGAAAAAAUUGAAUGUUUCUUUCUAUAACUGUACCAAGAAUUACCUACCUCAAAUGAUGGGGAUGUUAAAUGAAAUGAUAGUUCGUCUAAGAAUAACAGUAAUGUGGUACAAAAUAAUGUUUCAUUAGAAAAUAUCAAAUGAAUGUCUUAUACUGUGAUAUAAAUAAUUUUGAUUUUUGGAUUAGAUAUACUUUUACAUGUUUCAAAUUAUCAAUUUAAGGUGAGAUUCCACCAUGAUAUAGAAAUAGACAGCGUUUUAAAUUUAAGUAUUGUACCAUUGGUAAAGCAUAUACAAGACAAAUAUUGUUAUGAAGAAAACAAAAGAAUCGUACUUAUAGUAACAAUAAUAGUUGUAACAAUAAUUGUAAAAACGUUUGUCGCUAGAUAUUCGAUGUUAUUUUGUAUUCAUUUAAAGGUUUUGAUGUUUGAUAUCUACACCGAUCACUUUAAUUACAAAU